CAAAGAACGUCGAUUUCUGUCAAGGAAAAGUUGCGUUUAUUUAUUUAUUUAAAACGUUUUACUUCUUAAAUUGUUUAUAUUGUGCCGCUGUAUGCAUUUAUUAAGUGAAACUAUAUUUUUUAAGAUAUUAGAUGGCGUUUCCGCAGCCUAAUGCGCAAAGAGAACUGACGAAUAGGAAGAUUCUGGAGGAAUUACAGCUGAAAAAGCAAAUGCUUCUGAAGCAAGGCGCUGUCACCACUCUGACCGCCACUACAAUUUCUCUAACACAGUCUAGCCCAGUUAGCCAAUUGCCUAUGUGUUCUAUCCCGCCUGUAUCUGCUACCGCUGGCUUCCCUCAAUUACCAGAAGCAAAUAUUGUGAACACAAGCCACAGGGCUGCUCUACAGCACGCCAACGCUACGUCUUGUGGCUUCUUCGUCUCUCAAGACUCUUCGUUUGGAAACCAGAUCUUACCAGUUCUCCCGAGGUUUGAAAAUAAGUGA